CUCUCUCUCUUGUACAACAGAACUUUGAGACACAUCAUCACUUCUUACUUCACCAGGCUUCCAUCAUCACCAUAGCGAUGUUGACCAUUCUACUCCUUAUCUGCGCUGGCUUUGUUCUAAGUGGUGUAACAGGUCAGAUGGGCGAGGAGGGACACUCACUGUCUCUCAAGAUGGACAGAGAGAAAGACCUGAGGGGGGUGGAGGUGCAGGAGGGGGGGUUGGUAGGGGAAGCACAGGUGCAAGAGGGGGUGGUGGAGGAGAGACUAGAGGAGGAGGUAGAAGAGGAGGUGGCAGAGGAGGUGGGAGUAAAAGUGGAGCAGGAGGGUUUGGUAGGGGAGACACAAGUACAAGAGGAAAUGGAGGAGGAGAGACUAGAGGAGGAGGAAACAGGUGAGGUCAGGGUGUCAGAUGGAGCAGACAGCAGGAGCAGCUGUCCCUCAGGAUGGACCAGAUAUGGAUCUCGCUGUUAUCUUUUCGUCCGCUCUGCAAGAACAUGGGCUGCAGCCGAGCGUUACUGUGUGCACUUUGGGGCCAACCUGGCCUCGGUGCACAGUUCUUUGGAGUAUCACUUCCUUCAGGAAGUGGUCAUAAGGGAGACUAGUGACUUCUCACCUGUGUGGCUUGGAGGUUCUGAUGCUGUUGAGAACCUGGUGUGGUUCUGGAGUGAUGGGUCCAGGUUUGAUUACCAGAACUGGGCCAGAACGGAGCCCAAUAAUGAGGGAGGCGACGAGGAAUGUAUGGUGAUGAACGCGGGAGGUGAAUACCGCUGGAAUGACAUCAAAUGUGGAAACCAUUACUACUUUAUCUGCUCUUACAGCUCUGUUAACUGCUCCUCUUAACUCUGCUCUUCCUUCUCCUAACUCUGCUCCUCCUAACCCCGCUCCUCCUAACUCUGCUCCUCCUAACCCCGCUCCUCCUAACUCUGCUCCUCCUAAUUCUUCUCACCUCCUGGAAGGUUAAACUCAUAAACCUAACUUUAUUCCAGCCAAGUAUGUUAUGUCCACAGCAUUGAUGUUAUAGUUGAGGGAUGAACUGUACUGAGAAUGUUAAUCAAUCAAAUCAACUGUCAGAAUGUUAAUCGGUUACUGUUUUUCAAUCUUUGGGAUUGAUGCGAUAGUAUUGUAAUAUGAAUUCACUAUGAAAUAAUAUAUCUCCUUUUGGAGGAGAGAACUGUCAGUUGUUGUACACCGUAUGCUGCUGAUUCUUCCUCAGAUGUAGAAUGUCUAUUACAGUAAAUGUUUUAUUGUUUCUUUAUUGUGUUUCAUAAAAAUCCAUCAACAUAUUAGUGUGAUGUU